GGCAGUGAAGAUGGAGCUUUGAAAUAUGAAACAAAUCGAAUCAGCACACUCCAGCUAACUGACUUUUAGUUUUAAAGCAUACUUGAUCAGAGGAAGAGGUAGGAUGGCGGGGAGGGGAGGAUGAGCCCCAGUUUCAAAUAGGCAAUCCUGUUUAGUGUCACUGAAACAGCUUGCUCGAAAUUCAAGGCAAAAGUUUCUUACCUUGGAUUAUAAGCUGGGAAGCAUAAAGCAAUGUUUGUUUUGUUCACUAAUGUACGUCCAGUGCCUAGAUCUAGUUGGUGAUUCAAAAAUAUUACAGUGAAAUGGAAUGUAGAGUAGGAUUUUGCUAGAGAAGAAGUAGCCCUCAGGGACCCAUUGAAGUUACCUAUAUAGAGCACACCACCACCAGAAGCAACCAUGCCUGUGGAAGGAGGGAAAACAGAUAUGGAGAGGAUUGGGCUCUUCAGUGAGAUGGAAUAUGUUACUGUGGGUGAUAAAUAUGUGUCACAAUUUAAUCGACCCUUUAAUGAAGCUGCAAGCAAAAAUAGACAGAUGCUACCUGGGGGAUCCAAAGAAAUGUCAAAUCUCCAGGCAGGUUAUUUUGAUCCCCAUUUUGUAAGGAUUUUUGAAGGUGAAGGCUACGUAAACCUGAAUCAAGUGAGGAGACGGCAUAUGAUGGAAGAAGCCAAAAAAAAUCUAGGCAAAGCGUUCCUUCCUAGUAAUGGAGAUAAGAAGCCAUGUGGAUUAGGAAGUUACUAUGGAACAAUAGGUAGACCAGUCCCAUUUUUCAGUGCACAAUCAAAACCCAAAGAAAAAUAUGAGCCACCUGGAAAGAAUUUGUACACAAACCCAGGAAAGAAAGGAACUGGAUAUGGCUAUGCAAAUGUUACCAUAGGUAAACAGUUUUCACACUCUGCUGAUUUCUAUGAUGCAGCAAAACUAAAUGACAAGAAAGAGAAUGAAGAACAUCAUCGUUUACUUAAAGGGACACCUUUCAAAUUAAAUCUUUACCCAAGGGAAUAUUUUGAUACCAAUCCUUAUUUGAUUGAGAAACCUUUACCACCAAUUAAAAAAGCAAAGAAGAAAGAAGCACGUGCAAACCCUUUUAAGCCCUCUUCUCCUGGUAAAAAGGCUGGUGGAAUGAAGGCAGGAACAUUUGAUUCUUACCCUUCACAUUCUGCUGACCCUUAUGGGGUUAAAUUGACAAGCCAUAUUUCCAGCAAAGGUGCUAAGGUUUUCCAUCCACCAGGUGGACCAAAAAGCAGACCAACUGAAAGUAUAAUGACUUUGAAUGUCAAAAGGGCACUAAAUAUGAAGAACUACAAGACUGCUUCAGUACAGUCCUAUUAGCAUCUGGAAGACAAAUAGCCUUAUAGGUCCGGACUUCCAAAAAUUCAUUAUCAAGUGCUCAUUAUUUGAAAAAAUAUAAGAUAUCGUGGAACAAAUAGCUCAAGCAUUGAAAAGAAAUUUAGGGCUGUGACUCUAAUACUCUUCCAUCUUUUAGUACUAUUACAUAAUAAAUAAAUAGUAUUUGUUAA